AUGGCGGCGCCACCGCCCAUGCCCCCAGGUUCCGGUGGCUCUCGCCCACCAGGCCCCCCGCCACCCACGAUGAUGGCCAUGCCGCCUCGGCCUCCACCCACGAGCUUGCCUCAGCAGCCAAUGCAACCGCCUACCACGCAGUUUCAGCAAAUGAGCUUUCAACCCCCAGCCAUGCCACCAGGCCCCCCUUCAGGCCCCCCUUCAGGCAGGACCUCUGCCAGCAGUGCCUCCAUGUCCAUACCCAGACCACCCACAGGUCCCCCUACCAUGCCACCGACUAGCUUCUCCUCCAUGCCACCCUCGGGCCCCCCUUCCAUGCCGCCCACUAGCUUUCCUUCCAUGCCUCCCUCGGGCCCCCCCACCAUGCCGCCCACUAGCUUUCCCUCCAUGCCUCCCUCGGGCCCCCCUUCCAUGCCGCCCAUGAUGCCUCCUCCAGCGGCCGGUGCCCAGUCAGCCCCUGGAGGUCAUCCCCCGAGCCAUUCGGCCAGCAUGCCCAUGCCCAUGCCUCCCCACCCCGGCAACAUGCCCAUGCCACCCCACCCCGGUAACAUGCCCAUGCCACCUCACCCCGGCAACAUGCCCAUGCCUCCCACCAUGCCCGACCCAGAGGCUGGCGGCUUUGCCCACAGCAACGGGUCAGAUGGUCACAACGGAGCAGGACCGCCGGCCUCUGCUGGCCUCUUCUCCAUUCCUGAAAAUGACAACCCAGGCCAGGGAUCUUAUGUCAAAUCGCGGCGCUACCCCUCGCAGUCAUACGAGUUUGAAAAGGCCUCGUCACCGUCCGUGCCCCAAAUGCAGCCUGUCCCACCCGGCGCUCAGCAGGCCCCCAUUGCAGGGGGCGCCGUCUCUCCCUCGCCCACCAAGCUUGGUGACCCCCGGCUUCGGCGCCUCUCGAGCAAUGCUCUGGUACCCCAGGGCGUUUCCGUCAACCUCAUGGCGGAUCGUAACGUGCUUCCCCCCAAGCCCGCCGCUGGUGUCAAACCGCCCCUGUCCGAGCAAUACGAGCGCUGCAACGUCAGCAAACGCAUCAUGCGCUCCACCCUGACCGCCGUCCCGGAGACGCCCAAGCUGCUGUCCAACGCCCGCUUGCCGUUUGCCCUUCACGUGCACCCCUAUGCCACCGACCCCAACUUGCCCGUCAUUGAUCACCUCACCAUCACUCGCUGCAAGGUGUGCCGCACCUACAUCAACCCCUUUGUUGCCUUUGUCCAAGGCGGCGGCUCCUGGCGCUGCAAUCUCUGCGGCCGGCUCAACCCCUUGCCCCAAGACUUUGACUACAAUCGCCUGACUGGCGAAAUGAUUGAUCGCACGAGCCGACCCGACCUCAUCCAGCCCUCGGUUGAAUUUAUCGCACCGCCCGAGUACAUGGUCCGCGCCCCGCAGCCCUGCACCUACAUUUUCCUCAUUGACGUCACCGCCGCCGCCAUCGCCAACGGCAGCGUUGACCUCAUCUGCCAAACGAUUCUGGACGAGCUGGAUCACAUUACCGGCGACGCCCGGACCCGUGUAGCAUUCUUGACAUUUGACACCAACAUUCACUUUUACAACCUGGCAGCCUCACUGGCCCAACCCCAAAUGAUGGUCAUGACAGACACCGAGGACCCGUUCCUCCCCCAUGCCACCGACGACCUGCUCGUUAAUCUCGCCGAAAGUCGAGAGACCUUGCUCAGGGAGCUGCCCAGGACAGUCCGGUCUUCACCGCGUGGCCAAGCAGCACUCGGCCCGGCCCUGCAAGCCGCCCGGCAAAUCAUUGGGAACGUGGGCGGGCGCCUAUCCGUCUUCACAACCACCUUGCCCAGCAUUGGUGUGGGAAGCCUUAAGAUGCGCGAUGAUGCCUCUCAACGCAGCGGUGACAAGGUUCACGCCCUGCUCAAGACUCAGACCGAUUUCUACAAGGCCUACUCGGUCGAUGCCUCGCGUGCACAACUGGCCAUUGACGUGUUUUGCUUCAACGGCGACUAUGCCGACAUUGCCUCGCUGAAUGAUCUGCCUCGCUACGGUGGUGGCACCCUUUACCACUAUCCGGGCUUCAACGCAGCCCGACCUGCCUGUCAAACGCAGGUUCAGAAGGACCUGAGCCGCUAUCUGACCCGUCCCCUGGCCCUCGAGGCCGUGAUGCGUCUUCGCACUUCCAAGGGGGUUGUCAUGAACGGCUUCCACGGCAAUUUUUUCCUUCGUUCUCAGGAUUUGCUCGCACUGGCCAACGUCAGCCCCGACAACGGCUACACUGUGCAGCUGACGCUGGACGACAAGCUGGGCGAGACAGCACCCUUUGUUUAUUUCCAAGCAGCCUUGCUAUACACGGCAUCAGAUGGCACGCGACGCAUCCGCGUACACACCAUGGCACUGCCCGUAGUCAAAACGCUGCACGAGAUUUACGCCUUUGCCGACGCCGAAGCCAUUACGGGCUUGCUUGCCAAGCUGGCUGUGGACCGCACCGUCAACUCCAAGCUGGCGGAUGCCCGGUCCGCCUUGUCCAACUUUUGCAUCGACACCUUCAAGUCAUACCGCAAGGAUGUGUUAGGCUCCGAGCCCGACGGCCAGCUGCUGACGCCCGACUCGCUCAAGCUGCUACCACUCUACAUCAACGCACUGCUCAAAUCGAGCGCCUUUCGUUCAGACGCGCAAGUGUCGGCUGAUGAGCGAGCAUAUCAAAUGUCUCUGAUUAAAACACUUCCUCUCAAUGAGUUGAUGAUUGCCAUUUACCCUCGGUUCUACUCUCUACAUGACAUUGCUGAAAACGUGGGCGUGCGAGAUAGCCGCAACCGCUUGCCCAUGCCGCCUCAACGACAGCUGAGCGCCGAGCGCUUGGUUCGCGAUGGCAUUCACCUCCUGUACAGCGGUGACGGCGUCUACCUUUAUCUGGGACCGCACACGCCACCCGAGCUGAUGGAUCAAUUUUUUGGCGUGCAAUCCCAGGCUGAACUGGAGCCUGAAUACGGACCCUUGCCGCGGUGUGAGUCGGAUAGCAACAUCCGCAUGCGCAACAUCAUCAAGGGCCUGCGUGGUCUCAUCUCGCGAUACCAAGUGCUGCACGUUAUCACUGAUCGGUCGCCCCUUCGUGCCAAGUUUACCAACAUGCUGUAUGACGACAAGACGGUCCAGGGCCCAUCCUAUUGGGAGUUUUUGAACGUUGUUCAAAAGGGACUCCAAUAAAUCGUCACACACCACACUCACCGAAAAAAAAAAUCGUUUGACAAAGCUUCCCAACGCAAGCUUGGAGGUGCAAGGUUCUGUUUUGUUUUUGUCUGUUUUUUCUGCCUGAGUUUCCAACGCCUUAGACUUUGCUUCCCUGCUCUUUUCAUGCUUGUUUGUAGCCCGUUCCUAAACCCUUGACUUCAUUUUG